AUCACUUUCCUUCAUUCUCUUCCCAAACCAAACACACUUCUGACACAACUCUCUCCAGCUUCACCUCUCCCUCGCAGUUCAGAAUCUCACUUCCCUACAAGUUCAUAGCCAACAAGAGGUUGUGGGCUGUCCCGGCCUGAUCGCAAUGGCGCCUCCCAAGAAAUCAAAGAAGAAUAAGAAAGAUGGUAAAUUGAAGAAAUGCAAAAGCUCGAGUGUGGCUCCGGUCGAAGCCACAGCUCCUGAUUCUGAGUGGUGGGAUAGUUUCUGGCAAAAGAAUUCUUCAAUCCCAGGCUCUUCACUAUGGAAAGAUGAGGAAGAAGGAUUUAAGCAUUUCUUUAGGGUCUCUAGAAAGACUUUUGAUUAUAUCUGUACUAUUGUAAGAGAAGAUCUUGUGUCCAGGCCACCAUCAGGGCUCAUCAACAUUGAAGGGAGGCUUCUUAGUGUUGAAAAACAGGUUGCAAUUGCCGUGAGAAGGUUGGCAUCUGGUGAGUCUCAGGUCUCAGUGGGAGCUGCCUUUGGGGUUGGCCAGUCCACAGUUUCUCAGGUGACUUGGAGAUUCAUUGAAGCUUUGGAGGAACGUGCCAAGCACCAUCUGAAUUGGCCUGAUUCCAAUAGAAAGGAGGAAAUUAAGUCUAAACUUGAAGCAUCUUUUGGAUUGCCCAAUUGCUGUGGAGCCAUAAACGGUACACACAUUAUAAUGACACUUCCUACUGUUCAAGCAUCGGACGAUUGGUGUGACACAGAGAAAAAUUACAGCAUGCUCUUACAGGGAACUGUCGACCAUGAGUCAAGAUUUCUUGAUAUUGUCACCAGUUGGCCUGGGGGCAUGACAUUUUCUAGACUACUAAAGUGUUCAGGGCUUUUCAAGUUUUGCGAAAGUGGACAGUGUUUAAAUGGCGAACUUAGAACUUUAUCUGACGGAGAAGAGAUCAGAGAAUAUGUAGUUGGUGGGGUUGGCCAUCCUCUCCUUCCCUGGCUCAUAACUCCUUACGAAGGCAGUGCGCUCCAGGCUUCUUCUGUUUCUGCUUUUAAUGCCGCACAUGAGGCUGCAAGGUCUCUAGCACUAACGGCAUUCUCGCAGUUAAAGGGCACUUGGAGAAUCCUCAGCAAGGUUAUGUGGAGACCAGAUAAGCGGAAACUUCCAAGCAUUAUCUUGGUAUGUUGUUUACUCCACAAUAUAAUAAUUGACCGCGGAGAUAUAUUACACCCAGAUGUUGCUUUAUCUGGUCAUCACGACUCAGGAUAUGGAGAACAAUGCAGUGAGCAAGUUGAUCCAUUGGGGAGGACAAUGAGGGAUACCUUAGUUAAACACUGGCAACGUACCAGGCAAACAGCUGCAUCAAACUAAGCUCUUGUUAUUUAUUUCAGCUCCUGGAGUUGAUACGUGCUCCAUCAGUCUGAUUUUGAGUCACAAGCUUGGAGCAUCUUCGAGCAAUGCCAUACAGGUUAUUAUUCAAAGAUAGA